AUGCCAACGGGCCUGUCUUUAGCGUCUGUACCACCUCCGCUGCAACUCGUCUUUUCGUCCCAAUUGAUCAACACCUUGAUCUCACUGCAUGUCAUUGUAUCCCCUAGUCUGCGUUAUGACGACGGCGAGGUGCACUGUGGCCACGCUGUGUGCCGUCAGGACAUGUUCGGCUCUACUUUCUAUCGCCAAAUGCACAAUGUCUGGGCGAGAGGCCACUAUCGUAAAACAUAA